UGCCACCCCGACCAAGCACAGCCAAGAAAUAUGUCGUACCAGCACCAUCGCCGAAAACGUCAAAGAGAGUCCUCCACUCCUACGGCGGCAGCCGUAGCCUUGGUCAUCUCGAUCGCUGGCCUUCUGGCCGCACAGGGAGACGCAUUCUCGGCUACUACACUGCGGUUGAACGGCCUACAUCAACAUCAUGCUUACUCGUCGCGGCGUCGUGUCUCCACAGCUACGGGUUGCGUCAAGGAAGUAGGGUUUGCAUGGGGUGGUAGCUUCGUCGCACCAGAGAAGUCGUCGCCAACCGCUAUCCGUGGAGAGGCUGGAGGCGUUGAGAGUCGACAGCCGGGACAUGCGGUGGUCGUCACCAUGGCUGCUGGGAGAGGAAAGGGCAGCGGUAACGCCAAGCGCAAGCCGCCUUCUCUGCCUCAGGGCGAGUUCAGGCCGAAGCAGAGUCUCGGCCAGAACUACCUCUCGGACCAGAACUACGUGAUGAAGAUCUGCAACCACUUCGGCGACACCUCUGAGGGAGGCAGGCGGGUGUUGGAGCUUGGACCCGGCACCGGAGCUUUGACCCAGGUUUUGCACGAAAGGUUUCCCGACAUGCUGGCCGUGGACAUCGACCAGCGAGCGAUCGAGCUGCUGGGCAGCAACAUGCCGUCCCUGAACGCGGUCAUGUCGGACGUCCUGCAGCUGGACUACACCAAGCUGGCGGAGCUGAGGGGGGGGCCGCUGUCCGUGAUUGGCAACCUCCCCUACCACAUCACCAGUCAGAUCCUCUUCACCCUGUGCGACCACUACCAAAGCGUGCGGAGGGCGGUGGUGACGAUGCAGCUGGAGGUUGCCCAGAGGAUCGUGGCCAAGUCCUCGACCAAGCAGUACGGGAUCCUGAGCGUGGUGUUCCAGCUGUACGCGAGGCCGCAGGUCCUCUUCCAGAUCCCCCCGACCGUGUUCUACCCCCAGCCCAGCGUUACCUCGGCGCUGAUCAGCCUCGACUUUACGGGCAAGGGGCCUGGGGUUAAUCAGGCGUGCCUCAAGAGCGUGCUGUCGUCCGCGUUCCAGCAGCGGCGCAAGAUGCUGCGGCAGAGCCUGAAGCCCCUGCUGAGGGCAGGACAAACCCUGCCGGAGGAGUUCGCCACGAGGAGGCCAGAGCAGCUGGAACCUCAGGAGUUUGUCGAGCUCACGAGGGCCGUUUUCGGCGACAGCGCCGAGCUCCCCCAGGGAACCAAGGCGUGGAGAGGAAUGCGCGGUAGCGGAGUAGGCGGGGGGGUUGGGGCGGGGGGGGG